AUGGUUGCCUCUACAAGGUCCAUCUGUUCUAGUGACCUGAGCUAUGACAGCCGGGUCUGCCUGCCUGGCUCCUGUGAGUCUUGCUCUGAUUCCUGGCAGGUGGAAGACUGUCCAGAGAGCUGCUGCGAGCCCCCCUGCUGCGUCCCCAGCUGUUGUGCCACCAGCUGCUGUGCCCCAGCCCCUUGCCUGACCCUCAUCUGCACCCCAGUGAACUGUGAGUCCAACUCAUGCUGCCAGUCAGGCUGCACGAGCUUUUGCACACCUGUGUGCUGCCAGCAAUCUAGCUGCCAGCCAGCUUGCUGCUCCUCCUCCUGCCAGCCGUCCUGCUGUGUGCCCAUCUGCUGCACACCUGUCUGCUGCACUCCCAUCUGCUCUGGAUCCUCCUCCUGCUGCCAGCAGUCUAGCUGUCAGCCAGCCUGCAGCUCCUCCUCCUGCCAGCCAUCCUGCUCUGUGCCUGUCUGCUGCAAGCCCGUCUCCUCCCAGGCCUCCUCCUCCUGCUGCCAGCAGUCUAGCUGCCAGCCAUCUUGCUGCGUGCCUGUCUGCUGCAAGCCCAUUUGCUGCACACCUGUCUGCUGCACAUCUAUCUGCUCUGGAGCUCCCUCCUGCUGCCAGCAGUCUGACUGCCAGCCAGCUUGCUGCUCCUGUUCCCCCUGCCAGCCAUCCUGCUGUGUGCCUGUCUGCUGCAAGCCUGUCUGCUGCACACCCUCCUCCUCCUCCUCCGUGUCCCUGCUCUGCCGCCCUGUGUGCAGACCCACCUGCUGUGUACCCGUCUCCCCCUGCUGCUCCUCCUCCUGCCAGCCCAGCUGCUGCAAGCCCUCCUCCUCUGUGUCCCUGCUUUGUCGCCCCGCCUGCCCACGUCCGGCCUGCUGUGGCCUCUCUCUGGGCCAGAAGUCCUGCUGCUGA